UAUACUUCCAUUGUUAUGCAGCAUGUCAGCCUACCGUGAAGCCUGUGUCAUCAUACUCCUGGCCUCUGCUUGUGUAUCGGCAGCUGAAGAUCUUUGCACAAACCAAUGGGAAGUGGACGUUGAUGGAGUUGACAGCUCAAAGCUGACUGUUCAUCAUUCUAGCACGUUUGUACCAGGACGAUUCACUCAUCUGGUCUGGCACUGGCAACGGCAUCCGAAACUGUCUGGCACACUUUGGCUGUCACAAUAUCAGCACAGAGGAAAGUUUGAUGGUGGUUUCAUUACCCAGGCGAGGUCUUUGCUUGAGAUCCCUGCCAGCUUCACGUGGACAUUGACCAACGGAAGUCUUGCAGUGACUACUCAUGGGGAUUCCAGUCAGCUGUCUUAUUACCCUCCCUGGAGUAUUUCUAUAUGCGACGGACUGCUGGUUUGGGGCAUAACCGCAGACAAGGAUUUGUUUAUCACUCUCGAUAAGAUAAAUGAAACCAGAAGUUUGGAUGAAGCCUGGGCUGUGGAUGCCAGAGUGAAACGACAAGCCGAGUUUCCAACUGAAGGCCAGGUCCCAAGACAGACUCCAGGCAAUAGCACCUUUGCCAAGUGGUGGCGCCGCUUCCUCGACACCCUCGGGGGUUCUCCUCAAGAUGAAAAGCCCAGGAAUUGGAUGAUGGAUUUGACAGACUUGCUCUUUAAGCUCAUCUUCUCUAGUGGGCAUCAGGUGCAAAAAUCACCAAAUAUCCCACGUGAUCCGGAUGCGGAGAUGAUUCCUGGAUACUCCAGAGAUGUAGAGACAGUGCAAGAUGACUCCUCGUCUCAGCCUAAAGUUCCAAGACUCAUUUGAUAUAUUCAGAAUAGCUUAAUGUAGUUAAGCUUUUUCCUGUGUUUUGCAUGUUGGAGAAAUCUAAUGUAUCAUUUUAGGGUACAGCAUACAAAUAUAACUCAAUUAUCAAUAUCUGUUGGAAUUUCAUUUAGAGGUAGUUUUUACACUAAAGUUUUGAUUGCUCAACGAUACAAAGCUCAGAGUACAAGAUCACUUGACGUGUUAAAAUACAUUUAUGGAAUAAUGUGUGUGGUACAAUACUAAAUUGUUAUAAAGUUAAUUUUUAUAAUUUUAUUCAUCACUUCAAAAAUAAAAAAAUAUAUUAAGAAUAGUAAAUAGAAGAAAAGAAAUAUUGUAAUAACUAAUAUUAUCUGAAUAAUUUUUGUUUAUUUAGUUACAAAAAAAACACACACACAUAAUGGGUUUUCAUCAUUAUUUUAAUAUAAAAAUUUGGAGUUACAGUCAAUUUCUAUUGUACAUUUAUUAGACAUAUUUUGCAAUUAGGCCACAUUUAUGGGAAGUGAAGAUUCUUAGUAGAUUGGCAUCAAACAAAAAUAAGUUACUAUAAUCACUCCUGACUAAUUUUUAUUAAUUCCUGAAGAAAUUUAUGGUAGUAUAAAUACAAAAAUGGUAAAAAAUGUGAUACAGACAGCAUUUUAUAUAGUGCAACAAUUAAAAAUAUAAGCAAAUACUAUUAAGAGUAUAAUGUAGUAGCAGUAAAAGUUAUGAAUAAAUAAUAUUUAGUACAGUUGUA